AUCUCCACUACUGCGAACACAAACCACCACCUAGAGCCUAACAACAUCCAUACUUGCAUCACCACUCUUGCUUCUGAACAUAUCAACAUGACAUUUUGUUGCGUUCAUUUAUUAUGGACCCCAUACCCAUGCCGUGGGGGAGUAGUGGACCCCAUACCCAUGCCGUGGGGGGAGUAGUGGACCCCAUACCCAUUCCGUGGGCGGUAGUGGACAAGAUCACAGAGGCACAUAAUGGGUUUAGAAACUAAACCCCAAAUUCAUUUAGCUAGCAAGUAGCAGUCUUGAUUAGUUAAAUAGUUUAAUAUAUACAUACGUGAAUGGUUUUUGGUCGCACGAUUAAUUGAAAAACUAGCCUCAACAGCUUCUAGGUCGAGUAAUUUGCAUCUGUAGUGAGCCAGUUAGUGACUAAUGAUGUUCCACACGCCUAUUCAAUGGGCGGCAUAUAUGGGGAGUUUACAAUUAUGAGCAGACUACCUACAGUAAGUAAACUUUGGAUAUUUGGCUAAGAUUUCUGGUAGUACAUCAUUUUGACUGACAUACUCAAACAUUUCUUGAACAUUCGUAAUAGGUAUAUCUGAAUUUUGCGAUUUUUUUCCCCACAUUCAGUUACGUAGUGACGUAAAGUUUGUGAAUAGUUCUGUUUACAUGUAGUCAGAUCAACGUCAACAGGUAGCGCGGCUCCCAGCAGGAGUGUAGCCGAGCCUAUAACAUAGCCUAGGCUAGGCUAUUAGUACGUCUAGAGUAUACCAAGGAGUGUAUCACAGCUUGUGUAUGUGUGUAUACACAAAGUUUACUUGUCUUAGAUUAUGGUCAGAGCUGAAGAAUAAUUGCUGAUUGGUCAUUAUGCUAUUAUGGUGACAUUAAUUAACCAUCCACAGAUUGAAAUUGAAAUUGAAAUUGAAAUAAGUUUAUUGAGGUAAAAUACACACAAAGGGAUGAAGUAGCUCAAGCUAUUCUCACCCCGUUCAGUACAUCGUGUUAAUACAUACAUAGACACACAUCACAAACAAUAAACAUAUUACCAAACAUUCUGAGAGAUAAACAUAUACAUUUCCUGAUCCACAGAUUUAUAACUUAAGUGCCUUAAGCCUAACUUCACCUCUAUACAGUGUAUCAGAUCUCCAAUUUUAUAGAUGGAGGACAGAAAUAAAUGCGUAUAUGCUGGUUAGCAUUAUAACUAAAGUGUUUUUCACUGUUGGGGACAGGAAGCCUGUUAGUCUUAUCAAAGUCCCGCUACUGACCUUCCUCAGGAUGCAAUCCACAACAGUUGCCAAACUCUUAUAGGUAACUAUUUACAGUUAGGUAAACAGCGGCAUCAGGUGUAAGGAAUCGUGUCCAAAGGUCUCGUCCUGUAUGAGAAUGCAACCCGGGACCAAACGAUUGUGAACCAGGUAACUAUUAGUAAUGCUAGUCGCUAGUAUAGCAGAAAACAUCAAAACAUAUAGGAUGAAACUGCAUCGUUCCCCUCUUAAGCAAUUAAAGGAGAAAUUUCACUCUUACCAAUAAGAUGAAUACAUAAUAUAGAUAGAUAUGUAGAUAUAUAGUGAUAUAGAUAGAUAAAGAGAGAGAUAGAGAUAUAGAUAAAGGGAUAUGAGUGUGAGGGGAGGAGUUUGAAGGUGGCGGGUUGUGACGCGGGGAGGAGUUGCCUGGGCCAGGCGGCAGAGGGCACCUGCCCGGUCACCCUCAGUGAUGUGUUUACAACCAGCGGGUGCGGACGAGAGGGAACAGCUGGUCUGUUUUCACUCUCCUGUCAAUUAUUGUGAAUAGAAUCAUGUGAUUAGCGAGUGCGUCUAGUGUCAUGACGAGUGUGUGUCUCCCGGGGAGGGUGCAAUAGCGGGCGCCGCGCUCUAAUAUGCCUAGGAGAGGCUCGUGUGCGGUGUGGCAGGAGCCCCACACAACAUGAGUAUGUGUGUGUCAGCUGUGUCUUGGGGCCACCUAGCUCGUCGCCCCGGCGUCCAGGCAUGUGUCUUGCUGGUCUCCUCCGCCAGGAUGGGGUGGUUAGCGAGAGAUGUGAUGCACCGGGGAUGCUGUAAGCCACGGGGUGUGAAGGAGAACUAGCGGCCCCCACACACACACACACACACUGUGGACGUCGCUAUAUAUGAGCUGUGGUGACGGGCAAGGCGGGCUAUAGCCUGAAGUAACCACUGAGGCAAAGCUAAGACAAACUGACCAACAAUGCAGGCCAAGAAACGUUAUUUACUCUUGUUUAGUUGCUGUGCUUUCCUGUCUUUUGGCUACUUCGGUUACCAUCAUUUCAAAAUGCAGCGACAGAGCAAGUGGUACGAGCACCUCUCCAGCUACUCUGAAGACUCAGAUGUAGUGCAUGACGAGGACAUAUCUCCGAGCCCAAGGUUAAGACAUAGAAGAACUAGUAGAGAAAAUGACGACACCUCGGCGAAUAAAGAGUGCCGGAUGGAGACGUGUUUUGAUUUUACUCUGUGUGAAAAAGGUUUUAAAGUGUACGUGUAUCCAGUGGAUGACAACGCAGCUCCCAGCAGUAACUAUAUGAAAGUGCUCAAUGCGAUACAGGAUUCAAAUUAUUACACAUCAGACCCUAGUCAGGCUUGCAUAUUUGUUCUAAGUCUUGACACACUGGAUAGGGACACCCUAAGCAAAGAUUACAUAAGAAAUAUGCCUCAUAGAAUUCAACGAUUGCCUUUGUGGAACGGUGGACAGAAUCACAUAAUUUUUAACCUAUAUUCGGGCACCUUUCCCGACUAUAAUGAAGACCUUGGGUUUGACGUUGGUAAGGCUAUAUUAGCUAAAGCCAGCAUAUCCUAUGAAAAUUUCCGGUCUGGAUUUGACAUUUCACUCCCACUGUUUCACAAAACCCAUCCUGAACGGGGUGGCGAUGAUGGCUACCUAGAAUCUAAUAAAUUCCCUGGGACCAAGAAGUACCUCUUGUCAUUUAAGGGCAAAAGGUACGUGUAUGGUAUUGGUAGUGAAACACGGAACAGUCUAUACCACUUGCACAAUGAACGUGAUAUUGUACUCUUGACAACGUGUAAACAUGGAGAUAGCUGGAAAGAAUACAAGGACGAGCGAUGUGACCAUGACAACGCAGAAUAUGACAGAUAUGAUUAUGAAGUCCUGAUGAGGAAUUCCACAUUCUGCCUUGUGCCUCGAGGUCGACGCCUGGGGUCCUUUCGUUUCCUGGAGGUGCUGCAGGCAGGGUGUAUCCCAGUGCUUCUUGCUAAUGGUUGGGAGCUUCCCUUCAGCGAGGUCAUAGACUGGAGCCAAUCAACUAUAGGUGCGGACGAGAGAUUGCUUCUACAGAUUGUGGCUGACAGAGUGAGAAGGCACAGAUCACGUCCACUGUCUGUCUGGAACUCAAGUCCAGGAGCUUUGGCAAUUAAUUUGACCUUCUCUGAUUAUUUACCACAUUUCCCAUUCUACUUGACAUCUCUUGGCACAACCCCCAGUGCAAGGUAUACAGCAGUGAUAUCUGUAAGUCACGGAGGCACUGGUGCAAUCCACACAUCUCCUCUCUACAAGCUGGUUAAGAAUAUUGCCCGUAGCAAGUUCGUUGAAAGGAUUGUUGUUGUUUGGAGUAGCAACCAAGCUGCGCCCACAGAGAGUCGUCUUCCAGGAGGUAGCGUUCCGGUACACGUCGUAGUGUCGACAGAUCGUUCCACCUCAGCACGACACAGCCCGCACCCACUCAUUACCACUGAUGCUGUGUUCUCCCUUGAUGAAGAUGUUUCACUCACUACCGAUGAACUUGACUUUGCCUUCACUGUAUGGCGAACAUUCCCCGAUCGAAUUGUUGGGUAUCCUGCUCGCUCACACCACUGGGAUGAUUCUAAGGCGGGAUGGAGCUAUACAAGCAGAUGGACCAAUUCCUAUUCUCUGGUGUUGACGGGUGCCGCCGUGUAUCACCGUUACUGGCAGCACGUGUAUACCCACCAAUCACCCUCAGGUCUACUCUCUACGGUGAAAACCACCUCAAACUGUGAUGAUAUUCUCAUGAACUUCCUGGUUUCUGCCAUCACCAGACGGCCACCCAUUAAGCUCACGCAACGUAAACAGUACAAGGACAAUACUUCAGAAGCAAGAUGGAUAUGGACAGACCCUACUCAUUUCCAUCAGCGAACUGUCUGUAUGAAUACAUUUGUGUCACUCAUUGGUCAUAUGCCUCUUCGGCAUUCAAACCUUCGUCUUGACCCUGUACUUUUUAAGGACAAAGUUUCCAUGCAGAGGAAAAAAUAUCGGCAAAUUGAGAAAAUAGGCAGCUAACGACAGCUCAUGUUUAGGUUCUAUAGUAAAUUAGUGUUUGGUGGAUAUUUUGUUCUGAGUGAAAACUAUUUUCACACUAAGCUGAAUUUGGUUUGAGUGAGAACUAUUUUCACACAAAGCUUAAUUUGUUUAGUGAGAACUAUUUUCACACUAAGCUUAUUUUGUUUUGAAUGAGAAUUAUUUUUCACACUAAGCUUAAUUCAAUGGAAUAUAGGUAAAGCAAUUAUAAUGAGCUUUACAGAUUUCCAUCAGCUUUUUAUGUACAGAAAUCAAAGAAAGCAAUUAGAGUUGGGCUAUCAUUUUGCCUCUGCAUAAAUUUUACAUUAGGUUACCAUAUUUGUAUAGUAUGCAAAUGUUUUAAUUAUCCUAAAAAUUUAUUAGACUUAAUUAUUAACCAAAAGUUACAACUUUAAUUUCACAAAACAGCUGGUGAAUCCCAGAAAAUUAUUUGCUCUUUAAAAGAGUCAUAGUCCACUUUGUUUUGGAAUGUAUUUCCAAAUUUAUUGGCAAGUAUGGAUAGCAUAGAACAUAUCAAAUGUUGUGCGAUAUAUUCUUCAAUGUGUAUUCCUAGGUCAUUUUAUAUGCGAGAUAAAACAGGUUUUAAUAAAGUCGAUAAUAAUUGGAAGUCUAGUGAUUGCAACUCUUCACGUAGCCAAGUCUUGUUUAUGUCUUAGAUGCGUGUAAUAAGAAAAUUGUACAGAUCUUUACACAGGAUGCUACGUAAGGAAGGCCACAAGAAGUGUCUGUAAUCAUGAAACAUAUAAGUGAGUCAUUCAUUAUUUAUGGUGCCAUUUCUUAUAGCUAUGUAUGUUUAUAAUAAGGACACAGUCAUAGCUUAUUUAAGUUUUCCUUUUGUCAGGAAAUUGUGCUCAAAGGUUCUUUUUAUAUUGUAGUUUUUUUCUACGGAAUUGGAGAAACAUGAAUGAUGGUUUGGUGAAAGAUGGUGACAUUCUUCACAUGUUUUGGAAGGCUUCUAGAGACCAUCUUCCAUGCUCCUAAACUGUUAAAAUUAGUGUUGUUUGUCUCAAUCUAUCACUAAACCUUUUUGGUAUGGGAGUGUUGUGAGUUGCUCUUUUUUGCCACAGUCAUUCCAAAGUUCCUGUAAACAUAGAUUAAGAGGUAUAUGUAGGAGACUAUCUUUAUUCCACCAUUACAAUACACUCUGCUUUCAUAUCCAAAAUCAUUGAGGGUUUUUACGGUACUCCUGCGUUAACAGGUUUAAUUAAAGGUUUGCUUGGAAUUAUUCAAGAUUUUGUCAACCUGUUUGGUUUCAUUAAAUAUGCAGUACUCAUAUAUUGCAAUCCUGGGAUUUCAACCCAUCAUCCAAAAAUGCUGGAACUUAUAGCAACUAUUGGUCAAAUGGAAAAUUGGAGUGUUUUGCACCCAUAAAAAGUUCAUGGUUUAUACUAUUAAUUUUGUAGACAGCAGGAGAAAGAAAGCAGCAACCAAACCUAAACUUUGCUAGGUCAUAUAUUGCACAUGUAUGCACUAAAUUAGACUUAAGAUGGUGUUAGUUAGGCCUUGGAUUGCUUAUUUAGGCCUAGAACAGGUCACAUUAGGUUGUAUUGUUACCGUUCCAAUUACAGGAAUACCAUAUGGUGUAUUCCAGUAUUAGAAAACAUGAAUCUUUUUUCGGGUACAGAAGUCCACUUUUAUAUGUUUCUCCAAGGUUGCGAUUAGUACUGUCAUUUGUGGAGGAUGGCUUGUAAGAUUUGCAGUAGAGUAUACAGUAUGAAUGUUUUGAUGGUGCAUGUGGGGUUAGGAAAACAUUUCAUAAAUAACAAAUCUGACAAUUAGAAAUGGUACUCUUUCUCAGGUGGGUGUGAAAUUCAUCACAGCUUACAAUUCUACAAUAUUUGAAGAACAAUAUGCCUUUUUUUUUUAAUGAUUUUUACUUAUAAGUGGAAAAUAUAUGGAGAAAUAUUUUAAUAUCUUUAGAAUUUGAAUAUUUAGUUGGAAAAUCUAGUUUGAGAAGCUAAGGGAUUCAUAUGAAACACAACAAAUGUUUAUUGAAUACUCAUUUUUGUGUCUAAAGCAUUGGUGCUUCUUUGAUGUAGUAUAUAGUGAAAAUAUGUGACAGCUUAGACGUCAUCAGUAUGUGUGCAUAUGAUUUUAUGUUUUGUUGUAAUGUGUUGUGUAUUUUCUUCUUUUGUACAGUCAUGCUAAAAACAUUUCACAAAAUAACUGAAAUGGUUCGUGGAUUUCAGUUAUAUGGUCAUUACGUUUUUGUUGUACUUUACAGUUGUGUUCAUAGGAAUAUGAUAUUAUCAUGAAUACAAAUAAAGAUGUUGCAUACACUAAAUUGUAUAAACUAAUUCUUGUUUAGCUCAGAAAACUUACACAUUCUUUGUCAUUUAUCACAUAUUGGAGGGAGCAAUGUAUUUAUUUUUGCAUCUUCAAGUAAAUAACAAGAAAAAUUUACUAAAUAUACAGUUCAAAAUAUAAACUCUUAAAGACCUACAAAACUUACUAAAAAUAAUAUUACAUAAGUUCAUGGCUGGUCUUAGUAAUUUGAAUGAAAGUGAUGUUUUAAUUUGAUGUGGCAUGAUGGGCUUGUGCAAGUUGACAUGAGGGAACUGCGCAUGAGCAAACGUUGACAUGAGCGAACUGUACGCGCCUGGUUGUACUCACCUAGUUGUGAGUACAACUAGGUGAGUACAGUACUGUGUUGAAGCUUUUGUGUGGGUCUUAGCUCAUUUUAUUAUAUUUGAAGUUUACCAGAAAAUAAAUGUUGAAGGGAUUUAAAUUACCGUAAUUAAAUAAUGUUACGUAUUUUUGCAUGUACAGUACUGUAAUAAAUGCUGAAUAUAAGUGAUCUGAAAUGUCUCCCUAUAGACUUUGGUAUGCAAUAGGUAUAUAUAUUAUUAUUGAUUUAUAGUUCUGAUAGUUUAUGUGCAUUGUUUUAAGAUUGUAAUGUAUGUUGACAUUAAUUACUGAGAAGUUUUGACUCAUAAAUAAACACUAUAAGCUUGCUUACACACUAAUUACCAGAAUAAUGCAAAGCAGGUUAAAACGAAGUUUCACAAUUAUGCCUGAUAGCUAGUGAAGCAGUAUUUGAUAAACUUGUUAAAAAUCAAUAUAAUUUAAGUUCAAAAUUUAUUGGCAAUACACAUGACUACUAUUAUAACUACUACUACUACUACUACUAUUACUACUAUUACUAGUACUACCACUACCACUACCACUUAUUAGUUUUAAGGAAUUUUCAGUUUAAGUGAACAGCUUGAGACUAUUUUUUUGUGGAUGCCGUUGCUAAACUAUGGUGAGUUGUGUGUGAGUUCAAAUUUAAUUUUAAAUACGUUUAUUGAGAUAUAAGUACUCUCAAAGGGAUAAAAUAGCUCAAGUUAUUCUGACCUCCAUUUCACAUGUGAGUGUGCUGUCCUUAUAAAUACAGAAUGAAUCAUGUUUUUAUCCGAAUGAUUUUGUCAUAGGUUCCUUUGAAGUAUAUUUUCACAGUGAUAUUGUCCACAAUAAUUGAUAUUCCAGGGUGUAUUUUUGUAAGUUGAAAAUCCACUCAAAGUGUAAAUAUUGUACAGCACUCAAGGAGUGAACUAAGGAGUAAAUGUCACUCAGUCAACCCUAUUCCAUUCCCAAGUAUUUGCAGUGGAAGUGAACAUAUUUCAAGACACCCAAACCACAAAUUUGAAAAUAAAGGAAGUGAUAACCUUUCAGCCCAUCAUGGACCAUUAUGAAGUCGUGUGACUUGAUAAUGGUCCAGAUCUGAUAAUAGUCAAGAAAUGAUCCAAUAUACAAAAAUGUUGUCAUUUCCUUUAUUUUCAGAUUUCUGGGUUGGGUGUCUAAUUUUCAUCCACAUUAUUUCGACUUACUCUCUGUAUAUUUCACCAAUUAUUGCUUGUCUGUCGCCAAACUUUCAGUAUGGCCGUAUACAUAAUGUAUAUUCCAGGUAAUUUAUGUUCAGUUUGAUUAAAUAAGGUUGUAAGCAUUAGGAUACGCUACCAGACACAUGAAGCCACCAUUAUUAUGGGUAUAGCUGUGUCACUUAUCCAGAAGAAACUUACUGAUAAGAAUUUUACUACUUAUAAACUGUGCCUCAUCUCAUGUAAUCGAUCAAGUGCACAGUUCACUUAGUUCUGGGUCACCACAGUGUGCAAUUCUAAAAUAAUUUGUAAACUAAAUUGUUUUACGUGUUUCUUCUUUGUAAACGAGUUCAAAUGUUUUAGAAAUUUCAAAUUACUGUACGUAAUUAAAUUCAGAUUUUGAUAUCAGUUAAUGAAAUCUAGAUAGAGUUAAUGUUAAAUUUUCUUGUAGAGUUUAUGGAAAAACAAAAUAAAGGAGUGAAUGAAGAAAAAUGCUAAAAAUGGUCUCAAACUUUAUAUUUUGGGUGUUCUUGGUCACAGUGGUCCAAAAGUGCACAAAAUUGUUUCAAAUUAACGAGUCUUUAUUUAUAAUAAUGUUUGUCAGAAUAUUAGAUUGCCAGAGACAUGUCAACUCUUGCCACUAAUUAUAAUAGUGUACGAACAAAACUUAAUUUCUUGAAAUUUGUGUAGUGAAAAAUGUCAUGUGUCGCAAACCGGAUUCACCCCUUGAUGAACGAACAUACAUCAUAAGAUGUAAGCCAUCCUCUAAGGGUUAAGCAUUCUUUGAGAUUUUAAUAUAUUUGAGAAGCUUUAAUGCAAAUAGAUGUACAGUAUCUUUGAAAUUUUGACAAUGUUAAGUUAUUCAUUUGGAUGUAUUUUGUCUUUAUUGAGCAAAAAAUUUUUUUAACUUGCAGAAACUAAACUUUCAGGACAUGCUGAAAUACAGUGUCUAAAAUAUAUAUUUCAAGAACAUUGAACAAUGAUUAUAGCUAAUACGGUAGUCCUUGUCUCACGUUACUUCUGUAGCAGAGGAAUACACACAGUUAGAGCCUUUUCCCUCACCCCUAGGCAAAUUUGGGCAAACAAUGAUAAUUUAACAUUGAAUUAAUGUUGAAAAUGUUGUUUGCAUGUUGAUUAUCGUUACUUGAGAAUAUUUUGCCUGCUAGGAUGUUAGGAUUUGGCCUGCUUGGAUAACAUAAGAAAGCAGCAAUAUAUGUAACAAAUACAAACACAUACACACACACACACACACACACACACACACACACACACACACACACACACACACACACACACACACACACACACACACACACACACACACACACACACACGCAC